AUGGCUAUGUAUGGGUUUUCUGGAUUUAUGCUUACCCUGUUUAGUACUGCUGAAAAUUCUGAUAAUUCUAUAAACAAUUAUAUAUUGAUAGAUGAUAAAGCAUCAGAUGAAAUCAGUGAAAACUUUGGCAAUAUUCAAUUUGAAGUAAUGGAUGUAAUGGGUCAUCAAAGUAAAGAAAAUAUGACGGAAAACAAUGUAACUACAUCAAGUAAAAACACACUCAAGAAGUCGCUUAAGUCUUUAGCGAAUGAAGAAGCAGAACAAAGAAUAAAAAAAUUGAAAACAAAUGCUGAAUAUGAAAGGACUUUGUAUGAAUUACAGAUUUAGCACCAAAAGCUAUUAAUAGAAGAAGUUUU